GCCUUCCACUCGUUGGCUCUUAGGCUGCUAGCGGACCUCAAGGGGAGAGGCCGGCUUCCCACCGCGGUGUUCGACGGGAUGCCGGAGGGUAAGGGGUGGGGCUGACGUCAGGAGCCAAAAUGGCGGCCGUGGUCGGGGUCUCCUUGAAGCGCGGCUUUUCGGCUACGGCUCUCGGCAGAGUCGGCCUGCAGUUUCAGGCCUGCCGAGAGGCACAGACAGCUGCUGCUGCAGCUCCCAGAAUCAAAACCUUUGCCAUUUACCGAUGGGACCCGGACAAGGCUGGAGAUAAACCUCGAAUGCAGACAUACAAGGUGGAUCUGAAUAAGUGUGGACCGAUGGUGCUGGAUGCUCUAAUCAAGAUUAAGAAUGAAAUCGAUUCUACUUUGACCUUCCGAAGAUCAUGCAGAGAAGGGAUCUGUGGCUCUUGUGCCAUGAACAUCAACGGAGGCAACACGCUGGCAUGCACGCGCAGGAUCGACACAGACCUUGGCAAAGUCUCGAAAAUAUACCCUCUUCCGCAUAUGUAUGUGAUCAAGGAUCUAGUCCCCGACUUGAGUAACUUCUAUGCACAAUACAAAUCCAUUGAGCCCUAUCUGAAGAAGAAGGAUGAGUCCCAGGAGGGCAAGCAACAGUAUCUGCAGUCCAUCGAGGACCGGGAGAAGCUGGACGGAUUGUAUGAGUGCAUCCUUUGUGCCUGCUGCAGCACCAGCUGUCCCAGUUACUGGUGGAAUGGAGACAAGUACCUGGGGCCUGCAGUUCUCAUGCAGGCUUAUCGCUGGAUGAUCGACUCCAGAGACGAAUUCACAGAGGAGCGCCUGGCCAAGCUGCAGGACCCCUUCUCUCUCUACCGCUGCCACACCAUCAUGAACUGUACACAGACCUGCCCCAAGGGUCUGAAUCCAGGAAAAGCAAUUGCAGAAAUCAAGAAGAUGAUGGCGACCUACAAAGAGAAGCGGGCAUUGGCUUAACCCUGUCCAUGCUGAGUGUGGCUGUCAGCUCUGGCGUGAGUCCCUUCAAGCCCCCGGAGUGUCUCUGAGUACAGCCUAUGUAAUAAACAUUUAGGAGAUAAA